AUGCCCCCUGAAAGACGCCGCAUACAAGAUGAAGAUAUUCCUCUCCCACAAACCAUUUUUAUUUUGAGCAGUAUUAGAACACUGGCUAUCAAGUAUAACGAAAAACACGACGACGAUUUUUGGGAUGAUGUAGAGCGCUAUGAGGCGGCUUUAGAGACCUUACUCGCUGAUUUUCAACAGAGAAGUUAUCUGCCCAGAGGACUGUUGCAAGGCAUCGAAGACAGAGCAGGUGUUCGACGUGGUCUUUUCACAGCAAAUACCACAAGAAGUUCAAUUUUAUCAAUAUUUGGAGAAAUGCCUUGGAUCAAUUCUCGGAACUCAGUGUGCAAGCCAGGCAGUCCGUUGCUGCAAGCUCUGUUGCCGGAAGUUCUACGGCUGAAAGUUCAGCUGCCGCGACAUCAUCUCCAUCUCAAGGAUUAG